CAAAAUGCUUCAGAGUAAAUGCCGGGAAUAUACAGCAAAUAAUCAGGAUGUUGCAUACGCAGAGUUGAAGACGUGUAAGUCUCCACGGAAGCACAGAAUACCUACAGCCAAGCAGAGCCCUGUAAUGCUAUGUGAAGAGCAGUUAAAAUAUGGAGAGCUGACAUUCCACAGAACACCUCAGCCCCAGCCCAGAAAACAAGCUAUGGGAAGAAAAAGACAAGGUCCCAAAUCAACAGUAUGGAGAGUGGUAACUGGCAUGCUUGGAGCCUUCUGUGUGUUGCUGAUGACAACCAUGGGGAUCUUACUUCCAAAAUUAUUUUCUAGUCAAGAAGAGCAAUGCAGAAAAACAUCACUUCAUAUUCUUCUGUGUCCAAAUAAGAAUGGCUCCUCCUGUGAUCCUUGUUCCAGUGACUGGAUUGCUUUUGGAAAUAAUUUCUAUUGUGUUUUUCGAGAAAACACAAAAACCUGGGCAGAGAGUCAGUCUGCCUGUGGGGAGCUGAAUUCUCAUCUUGUGAUCAUAGACUCCAAAGCAGAGCUGGAAAAUUUAUUAUUGUUUGAAAUUGAUGGGUGGAUUUUUCACAAAAUGGAUGGAACCAACAGUUCCUGGUUGUGGGAAAAUGACAUUAAAAUACAGAACACCCUAAUAAAUGAUUCAGAAAAGAAGAAUCAUAGCUGCCGUUAUCUGCGUGGAAACCUAGUCAUGCCUGGUGACUGUUCAUCUAAGAAAUCAUACACUUGUGAAUUUAAUAUAUGAUGACACCAAUUUCACUAGUAUAAUUUUAUUUAAUUAUGAAAAUCAAAAUGUCUGUCAUUUGUUGAGUUUAUAAUUUUUACU